UUAAAGAAUAUCAGAAUCAAGCGCCCGGCAGUGGUUUAAUAUAUCCGGGCACCAAGUGGUGAGCCAAUUCCUACGACGAUUUGGGCUAUUAUUCGGCCGAGGAUGCUUGCUGCAGAGAACACGAUCAGUGCCCGUAUUAUAUACUAGCAAAAGAAUGCAAAUAUAACUUGUACAAUAAUUCCACUUAUACUAUGUCGCAUUGCGACUGCGACAACAAAUUUCGCCAAUGUUUGCGGAAUGUUGAUACCUCUGACGCCAAUAACAUCAAAUGGAUUUUCUUCACUUGGAUCGACAUGCAAUGCUUCAUAUGGAAACAACCGUAUGUUACAGAAAAUCACAAAUUCCGCAUAUGUUUAGAGAAUCUCAAUACUUGCAUUAGGCCUAAACAAUGGAAAAUAGCCGAAGUAAUAACAAUACUAAAACCUGGUAAACCUCUGGAUGAAAUUACUUCAUGUAUCAUGCUGAACGCAUUUUUUGGCACAUUUAUGUAAAAAGCGAUG